GUGCACCCGGAUGGUUUGCACGAGGAAAUCCAAAGGAUGGGCUUUCUUUUAGAAAUGGAGAGAGCCCAAAGAUUUGAAGACAACCAAAGACUGGCCCARCUGGAAGCAGAGCUGGAAGAAACGAAACUCCAAUUAAAAAGGCAGAAAGCUCUCAAAGAAGUGUUCAUCAACAAGGGCAAAGAGACUAAGAGGGAACUAGAAAGAAUAGAGAAGCUUAGUGAUCCAGCCGUUGUCAAUGCUGCGAACCUYGCUUCCAAGGUGCACGACGAUUUGAGACAUAAGAACAAGAAGCAGCUCCAGCAAGACUUUGUAGAAUUAAAGACGGCCCACCUCCUCAGCCAGGAAGCAUUUACAUCAGAAAUCCAGGCCGAGAAAGACAAAAACAAAACCCUGCAAGAMGAACUGGAAAAACUCCAGACUUCCCACGAGGAGCUUUGCUCCAAGUAUGAAGCGUCUGAGAGAUCCAACGUUGCUCUGGUGAGGCAGGAGGYCGAGAUGCAAAMGUUUUGUGAAGUGAGGGUUAGUGAGCUACAACUGGUCCUUGACAAUCUAAGAGCUGAAAAGGACGAUAUGUUUCAAAUGAUGUCGGAAGAGGUCACGUUCCUGCAAAUCAGYGAAAACAGUUUACAGGCAGAAUUGGACGAGGUGAAACAUUYAUAUGAAGAACUCAGUCAGAAAUAUAAAAGAGAUGUUUCUGGUCUGAAAGGCCAAAUGGAAACAUAYGAGAAGGAGCUCCAGCGUGAAAGAGAAGCCAAUUCAGAUAGAGCAAAGAGAUGUCACUUUGUUCUAUCUGAAUUGGCUUCUCUUGAGCAAGAACAAGAACUGAAAUAUAAAGCAGCGGCAAAAGAGCUCCAGACCCAGCAGCAGAAAUUCARCGCGGUCACAAAAGAUUUAAAAAGUGAAAAUUCUUCACUUCAACAGCAGGUGGAAAAGCUUCAGAUACAGAUGAUUCAGGAGAGAAAAACGCACAUGGAGGAGAUGGUGUUUCUAAACRACAUGAAAGCCACCUUCMAAGAAAACACAGCAAGAGAGAUGCAAUUCCUUCAGGAGAAGGAAAGGGAUGCACAGACUAAGUUAGARAUGAUGAAAGAUAUAUACAAGGUGCUGCACUGCAGAUAUGACACMGAUAUUGCUGCACUGAGACAAGAACUAGAAAAAUUCCAGCAAGUAAGUUGUGAGAAAAAUAAUUUGGAAGGAGCCUUUGACUAUCUAGAGAUUGGCACCUAUAUGAGAGAUGAGAAGGAAGAUCUCAAGCAAGGACCACCACAAGACUCCACAGAUUUUCAAGAGAUGGAGAACGARAGCCAACCUSACCAUGACGAAGAUUUACAUCAAGAGGUUUCUUCUGAGGAGGAUCCCUUAGAAGGAACCUCAUCAGGUUUUCCCAGGAAUUUGGAAUCCAUAGAAAUGAUGGACUUUGACAACAUGCAGGAUGGUCAAAGAAAAAAACCAAAGCUUUCACUCUGGAAAAGAAUGCAGAACUUGAUGCAUUUGAAGAAAUCAAAARAAGAAAAAGAGUGAACUAAAACCAAGAACUUCUCAUUUUAACCAUCCUGCAAUGCGGCACGUCGUCAUGAGGAAAUUUAGAAAGGCCGGUUUUUUUCCUCCAAUUAACCAACUA